UGAGGGGAGGAGAGUUUAAAGCUGAUAGUUGGUAUGGAUCCAUUCAACGUAAAAAGUUCUGUUUGGUAGCUAUUGUUGGGGUGAAAUGUCUACCCAAAUCAUCAACUAAUGGAGACGAGUCAGAGGAGGAGGAGGAACAAUUAGAAGAGGAAGCUGAGGAGGAAGUGGAAGAUGGUAAUAGUGAUUCAUCCAGUGAUUCUGAUAAGACUAAAGGUCCACCAGGAGGUAACAGUGGAGGACAAGGAGAGUCUACUAGUAAUGAGGGAGUAGAGGAAGAGGGGGAGACUGGAGGUGAGCCAUUACAUGAGGAAGGAAAUGAAGAGCAAAAUAAUGUAAGAGUAGAAGAGUCAAAGGAUCAUGAAGAACCACAGCAUGAAGAAGCAACUGCUCCAAUACCUUGUACUGAGAUUAGUUCAGAUUUUAAUAGUGAAAUGGUUAUUUCCACUGGUGUAGUAGAGAAUAUGACAUACGCUGGACAGGUUUAUUAUGAAGAGAAAAGAACUAGAGAAUUGGUAACCUUCACUGCAGCUAAGAAAUUGAGUGCUCUCAUUGAGUUCAUUGAGAAGAAACAUAUACAAGCUGAGAUUGAUCAACAUGUUUAUUUUUCAUUCAAUUCUUCCUAUUCAUAUAUUGAAUUGAAGUCUGAUGCACCUCAAGAAGAGCCAUUCACUGGUUGGAGUAUUAAGCCUCACCUUAAGCCUUGUAGAUUGCGUCGUUGCGAUAUUGAUAAUUUUGGUGAUGCUAAUUAUCCAGUUCCUCCAUCUUGUUUGAUAUCAAUAUAUGGAUCACCAGGUGCUGUACCAUCACUGCAUUACUCUGUACCACUAGUGGGUGUUGUUGACCCAGUUACAUUGCUCAUUCAUUGUUCAUUGAGAACUGCGCCUCCUCGUCCUUCAAUAAAUCCUAAUAGCUCUAUGGCCUCUAAUGAAUCUGCAGUAUUAUCCACUGGAGGAGCUAUCCAUAUGAUCAAUACUGCAGUGAGACAAGCUCCUUCAAUGGAAGAGUGCAUUGAUGAGUUCAAGGCUAGUCUUAGUUUCAAGAGGAAGUUACCUCAAGUGCAGGAGCACUGUCAAAAGUUCUUAGACUCAUUCAUUGCUGUAAGAGGCAGUUAUGCUCAUGCAGCAAUAGCUUUAGGUGAGGACUUGAUUGAAACUAUUAGGAAUGAACUGGGAUUUGAAUUUAUUAUUGAUAUUGAUGCAUAA